CAAACAUAAGUUUAGGGGUCGAAUCUCAUCAAACUUAUUCACAUGAAUUUCUCUAAAAUCUCCCCUUAUAAAAUAGACUUUUCCUUACCAUAACUCACUCCACUCAAAAUUCAACUCGCAUCAUUUUGAUUCGAAAUAAAUCUGAUCCUACCGACCCAUUUACCACCUCGUCCCUACACGGCUACACAUUCAAUCUUAACUUCUUGAGUAUGAUUUUUCAAAGCAAGAAAUUAUCAUCCCUCUCAAAUAGCACGUGCCACACAACAACACACAAAUCCAAAGAUUAUCCAAUCUCUCACGUGUAACUCCCCAAAACCACAUCCAAAAUCCCUAAAAAAAUCCACAAACCUCCCCAAAAUUCCACCACCCAAACUCUCACUCCCCUUUCACCCUCAAUCAAUCCCAGAAAACACCACCUCCAUCUUCAUCUUCAUCCCCUUGAUCCACAAACACACAAUGCCAAUCAUUUUUCUCUCUCCUCUCUUCCCUUCCUCACUCUCUCUCCUCUAACCCAAAUCUACAUAACCCAAUAACCCAUCUCCCAUUUUCUCUCUCCUCCUCCUCCAUCAAUGGCGCUCCCUCAAUUCCUCCAUUACUCCACCUCCCUUAAACCCUCUUUAAACCCUCCUUCACCUCCAACAACCCCCAUUAUUUCCCUCAACUCUUCAACUCCGCUCUGUCUCAGUCAUCAACGCCGUAGACUACUUAGUCUCCGCUGUUCCGCUUCAUCCUCCUCUUCCCAACCCCAGAACAACCCACCAUCUCCCAACCCAACCCCACAAAACGACGUCGUUGAGCUCCCCAUCUUCCCCCUCCCACUCGUCCUCUUCCCCGGCUCAAUCCUCCCUCUACAAAUCUUCGAGUUCCGAUACCGAAUCAUGAUGAACACCCUCCUCCAAACCGACCUCCGAUUCGGGGUUAUCUUCUCCGACACGCUAUCCUCCUCCUCCGCCACCUCCGUCGGUUGCGUCGGCGAAGUCGUCAAACACGAGCGUCUCGCCGACGAUCGCUUCUUCCUAAUCUGUAAAGGUCAAGAACGAUUUCGAAUCAACAAGAUCGUACGGUCCAAACCCUACCUCGUGGCAGCCGUUGAUUGGCUGGAGGAUAAACCCUCCUCUGAUGGGUCCCACGAAGAUUUGGAGAGCUUGGCGAAGGAUGUGGAGAGUUACAUGAGGGAUGUAAUUCGUUUGAGCAAUCGAUUGAAUGGGAAAGAAGAGAAGGAAAUUGGGGAUUUGAGGAGGAAUUUAUUUCCGACACCGUUUUCGUUCUUCGUUGGGAGUACGUUUGAAGGUGCUCCCCGUGAGCAGCAGGCGUUGCUUGAGCUGGAGGAUACCGCGGCGAGGUUGAGGAGGGAGAAGGAGACGUUGAGGAAUACUUUGAACUAUUUGAGUGCUGCUUCUGCUGUUAAGGAUGUGUUUCCGUCUUCUUGAUUAUAUUGAGGGAGAAUGAGAGAAGGUUUGUGAAUAGAUAGGUAACUUUUUAUAUUUUUUUUUGGUUGGAAUGAAUGAAUGUAUUGGUAUAAAGGUUGUAAAUGAUUGUUAUUUGUGCGUAAUGGGAAUAUAUUUUUAUGGAGUAGUUGUUGUGUUGUUUUGUGUU